CUACGCGACCGGCAGCGAGAACGCAGGAACCACCAGCGGCCGUGUCAUCAGGGGCGCAGCGCUGAAAGGAGUCGUAUGGGUCUUCUCGGGUCAUGGUGCCCAGUGGCCCAACAUGGGCCAGCAACUGCUCCUCAACUCUGUCUUUCGCAACAAGCUGUCCGAACUGGACCUUGUCUUCCGAAGAGAAGCUGAUUUCUCCAGUAUCGAGGCAUUGCAACAGGGCGAGCUUGGCGGUUCGGACAAGAUACAGAUCCUCACGUACGCAGUGCAUGUUGGGCUAGCGUCGCUCCUGCAAGCGGAGGGUAUCACUCCGCAGGCUGUCCUUGGGCAUUCGGUGGGCGAGAUCUCAGCUGCGGUCGUCGCCGGCUGCCUGACUAGCGAGGAAGGUGCGGUGAUCGUCGCACGACGGGCGAAUCUGUAUACACAGGUCCAAGGCCGCGGAGCUAUGGCGUUAGUAGCACUGCCAUUCGAGGAGGUUGCUGCGGAUCUUGGCGGAAGAAGGGAUAUCGUCGCUGCCGUCAAGUCGUCUCCAUCGACAUGCGUGGUGAGCGGCACAAGGCGGGAAGUUGGUGCAUAUGUGCAUCAGUUGGAAGAUCGUGGCAUCGAGACUUGGAGAGUCAACACCGAUAUUGCGUUUCACUCACCUGUGCUCGAGAAGCUCCUCGCUCCUCUUCGAGACAGCUUGCAAGACGCUCUCCAUCCCCGUCCUGCCACCCUACCCAUCUACUCCACCUCGCAUCCUGAUCCAAGGACUGAAGCACUGCGAGAUGUGCGCUACUGGACGCACAACACGAAAGCGCCCGUGCGCUUCACCGAUGCAGUCGACGCUGCUGCCGAGGACGGUUUUCGCGUCUUCCUCGAGGUGUCAACCCACACGAUCGUCUCGCACUCCGUUGAGGAGACUUUGAAAGCGCAAUCUUUGAGCGAGUGUGCCAGUUUCGGCGUCAUGUCCCGUAACGCGUCGUCUGAUCGCACCAUUGCCAAAGCUGUCUCGCAGCUCUAUGCCCUAGGUGCAUCCGUCAAUUUUAGGUCUCAGCUUGGCGACGGUCCGUGGUCGGACAGACUCCCCAACACGCCUUGGAUCCACAAGCCAUACUGGAAGAUGCCUCCCUUCGGUCUUAGGCCUGCUGUGCAGCAACACCACGUCGAGAAGCAUACGCUAUUGGGGGGCUUGGUGGAGAUUGCAGGAACCGACACGUCGGUCUGGACCACCAUCUUGGACGAAUCGACAAAACCAUAUCCUUCCACCCACAGACUUGGAACUACAGAGAUAGUGCCUGCGGCUGUAUACUGCAACAGCCUUCGCGGCGUAGCAGGUGCGCACCACAUCACCGAUCUACAGCUACGUGUACCCAUAUCCAUCACAGCAGAGAGCCGGGAGCUACAGGUCGUCUUGCAGGGUGACGCAGUCCAAAUAUCGUCUCGCGUGCAUGUAUGCAAGGAAGCGUCGGGCGAUGGCAGCGAUGGCGGCGAUGGGCGAAAGCACGCAUGGGUCGAGCACUCUACCGCUAGGCUUGCUCGCUCUGGCACAGCACCCUACCAGCACCGACAUUCCAUCGCUGCCAUCCGGCAGCGGAUACCAAGUCUCCUAUCGAGCAGCUUUGCGAAAGAGCAUCUCAGCAGUGUGGGCGUGUCUGGCAUGGCCUUCCCGUGGUGCAUCCGUGAGCAUCUUGGCGGCCAUGAAGAGAUGCUUGUUCAAGUGGACAUGCCAGGCGACACCAACACGCUGUCUGGAGACGCGCAGAGCUGGGCACCUCUGAUAGACGCAGCCACGUCGAUCAGCUCGUGCAUUCUCUCCAAGAACACCACAAUGUACAUCGUCAGCGGCAUCGAUAAGGUCGUCUUCGUCUCCCAAGGCACACCGCCAAAGACUGGAUACUUGUUGAUUGAGCGAAGGCCGGAAGAGAAGCCUCAGAGAGUGGAUGUCGAGAUUCUAGACAUCGAUGGAACACGCCUGUGCAGACUCGAGGGUAUGCAGUUCACCGACCUUGGGGUA